AUGGCCUUUGCACACCACGGCUGUGAGCACAUCGGCAAGCGAGUCACGCGCCGCUUCGAAGGCGUUAAUGUCGGAGGCGUCGUGAUCGCGUGGGCCCCGGCCGACGGCCAAGAUGAGGCGCUCUACCGCGUGCAUCACGACGACGGUGAUGAAGAGGACCUCGAUCGGCAGGAGCUGGAGGACGCCUUGGCGCUGGCCGCCAAAACUCCGGUGGAACUCAAGGGCCGAUUCCUCGCCGUGCCAACCUCAUUCUUCCAGGUCGAGGCGGGGUUCUACCUGGCGCGAUGCACUAGCGUCAGCGCCGGCGGCGCCGUUUGGCUCAGGUACGGCUCGGACAACUACUCGCACUGGGUGCCGCACGCGAUCGCGAGCAAGUGGCUCAUCAGCGAUAGCGAGGCGCGCCGAGGCGACUGGGUCGGCUCCGGCGGCGUCGAGUCCUUCGCAGCGGGUGCCCAGGCUGAGGAGGUGGGCGAGGCGCCGGUGGCGGAGGCGGAGGGCUUGCGCUUGCACCUCUCCCGCAUCAGCAGCACCGGGUACGCAGGCGUGUCGAAGUCCACCCACUGUACCGGCCGCUUCCACGCGCGGCACAAGGUGGGCGGAAGGAGCCUCGGCUCCUUCGGCUCAGCGGUGGAGGCGGCGGUGGCGUACGCGCGGGCAGUGGGGGAGGCGGAUGAGGCGGGCGAGGCGGGCGAGGAGGGCGACGGUGAGGAGCAGGACGUCGCUUCUGCCGCCGCCCGCCGAGACUCCGCCCAGCGCAGCAGCGGGCGGCGCCGCUCGGUGCCCGCUCGCUUCGUGGCGGAGCCCUCUUUGCAGGGCGACGAGUCGCAGCUCGAGUUCGCCGAGAAGCUGCUGCUGCCGGCCGCGCAGGAGGCGGUGCCACAGCUAGAGGCUGCCAUGAAGUUUGGAGUGGGAGAUGCGGUGCUGGGCAAGUUUGGCCCCGACGACGAGGGCAAGACGGGCGGCGUGCUCGACAAGUGGUACCGCGCCGUCGUCCGCGCCGUCAACGCGCCUCUGAUGCCGCCGGCCGACCGCCCUGCCGCGGACGGCACGUAUUCCCUCGAGUACGAGGACGGCGACAGCUGGGAGCAGGUGCCACGCGUGCACGUGCGGGCUCGGAAGCGGCCCCGCGGCGACGAGGCGUCUUCGGCAUCGAUGGAGGCGGAAGAGCCGGCGGCAGCAGCGCAGCGAGGCGGCGGGGAGAAGAAGCGCGGCCGCCCGUUGGGGAGCAAGAAGUUGAAGCCCGCCAAGAAGGGGGUGCCGAAGCGGGGCGCCAAACCGAGAGGCAGGCCUCCGCACGGGUGCUCGUGGAGCGAGAAGCAGAGCGCGUACGUCAACGACGAGCAGGCGGGCGUUCGGCGCGCCGCGGCGGCGGAGUCGGAGGAGGAGGCACAGGCGGAGGAAGGGGAGGGCCCCGGGACACCUCCCGGCACGCCGCCGCCGGAGGCAGCGGCGGCGGCGGCGGCGGCGGCGGCGGCGGCGGCGGCGGCGGCGGCGGCGGCGGCGGCGGAGGCGGCGGCGGCGGCGGCGGCGGCGGAGGAGGAGGAGGAGGAGGACGAGGGCGAGCAGGAGGAGGAGGAGGAGGAGGAGGAGGACGGCGGUGAGGAAGAGGAGGCUCCGGCGGCGGAGGCGGAGGGGCUGAAGCUGCACUUGUCCAGCCGCAGCAGCACCGGCUACAAGGGCGUGCGCGAGAUGCAGUCCGGUCGCUUCUACGCUACUCGCAAGGACGGUGGACAGGACGAGUACCUCGGAUCCUUCGACUCGGCGGUGGAGGCGGCG